AAGAAGAAGGAUCUGGAAUCUAUCAUCGUCCUCCUCUAUAUAUUUCAAUCCCCACAAAACCUAAGCCCUUUCUUUCGGUUUUAGCGUUAAAAAUCAGAGAUUCCUACGAAAAAUCUUGCUAUUGACGAAGAAGUUUCGAAGGGUUCUUUAAAGAAAAAGAGGAGGAAUCAACCAAACCAUGGAAGAAGAAGCGGCAGUUGCAUACUGGUGCCACAUGUGUUCUCGAACUGUGGAUCCACUAAUGGAAGCUCAGAUCAAAUGCCCCUUUUGUGCUAGUGGCUUCGUUGAAGAGAUGGCCGAGGAAGAGGAGGAAGAACAAGAACACUCUCCAAAUCCUCUCUGGGCUCCCAUCUUGAUGCAACUCGUGAAUGAUCCUUCCCUCCGCGCAAGGAACCAGAGUGUUGAUGAAGAUACUCAAAACAACGAGGCAGAGAACGAUGUGGAUUCUCAGCUCCAAGAGAUUCUCAGGAGGAGAAGGGGAAGACGUCCCGUUUCCGUUAUGCAAUUACUUGAUGGUGACAGAGAGAGAGCUGGAAGCUUGAUCGUGGUCUCUGGUGGUUCUUUGAGUGAGUAUUUCAUCGGUCCUGGCUUCGAAGCCCUGCUUCAGCGUUUAACAGAUAACGAUCCCAACAGAUACGGAACACCUCCUGCUCAAAAAGAAGCCGUUGAGGCUUUGGCCACUGUGAAUAUCCAAGAGGGUACUCUGCAGUGUUCGGUGUGUUUGGAUGAUUUUGAGAUUGGGGUGGAAGCAAAAGAGAUGCCUUGUGAGCACAAGUUUCACCGUGACUGCUUGCUCCCGUGGCUUGAGCUUCAUAGUUCGUGUCCGGUUUGUAGGUACGAGUUACCUUCGGAUGAGACUAAGACGGAGACUGAAAGAGCAGAACCAAAUGGUGACGGUGGUAGAAGUGAGUCUUCUUCCUUUGCAAGCAGUCAAGGAAGUGAGAAUAGCGAUGGAAGUCACCACCCUGAGGAGGAGGAGGAAGAAGAGAGCGAUGAUGAUGGGGUUGAACUCUCAAUCCCGUGGCUGCUUAGCAGCUUGUUCUCGUCAUCCCAAGACAGCAGCAAUCCAUCGAGUGGUACACACUGAAGAAAAGAAAAAAAAAACAUGUUUCCUGAGACAACGAAAGCUUUUGAUAUGGUCAUGUAACCCACUUAAACCUGUUUUGCUUUUAUUGUCUGUACAUAAGCUUCCCAGAUUUGGUUGAAUGCUCUCUAGCUACCACGCUUUGGUAAACAAAAAUCUAUGAGUUUGUGUUUAGUCCCCAAACUUUAUGGUUGGUUUACUUAUAACACUUCACUAGAUCUCCUUGUCUACGCGCUUGAAGAACUUAUAUAUUACACUACUUCUCUCU